CAAUGUUUUUAUAAGGGUCAAAAAUCAAAACACUUGAGCCAACUGUUAAUUAAUAAAUGAAAUAUUCAACAAGAUAAUUAAAUUAAGAGCCUAAAUCUUCACAUUCACUACAUCGUCGAUAUUCUACUAUUGGUGUAAUUCAUCAAGAUGUUUACAAGAUCGAAGAUAAAUAUUCAAAAAAGUUAAAUCACUUAUUACAAACUAAAUAUUAUAAUAUGCAUUAACUGUUCAAGAAGAAAUAAUAUAUUCCUGCAAAUUUUAAGUUAGACAAUAAACCAUUUGAACAUGUAGUAACAAAUUAAUUCUCUAAAACAUCAUCCUAAUUUGUUCAGAAGAAAAAGAAAUUUAAUGUAAAAGAAUGGCAUAAAAUUAAUUAUGAUAGGUUUAGAUUCUUGAGUAGGUAAGAAAGUAUUGAAAAAUUAGUAAGUAAUAGAUAUCAAAGUAUUUAGCCUUGUUUAUAAAUUUCAUAGGCUAAUAGAUAACAUAGAUCAGUCUCGUAAAUAAAUAAUUAUAGAACUGAAUCAUUUAAUAGUUUUAAUAAUGACAGGAGUAAGGGUCAAAGAUGUAAUUCUUUAUAAAAAGAAAAUCUUGUUAUAUUUUUAAUUGACUAAAAUUAACACAACUAAAAACAUGACAGAAUUGCUUAGAUUGUAUGAAAAUAAUUUCACUAUCAUCUUAUAUUUAUUUAUAAUUAUAAUGAGUUAAUUAAUAUCAAAAAUAUUUUUCUAAAAAACUGUGUUAGUAUUAAGAAUUCAAGGUUCAAUUAAUUCUUAAUUGUAAGAAAUAGGUUUAUAAAUAAUAGAGUGAGUUAAAUUUCUCAUUAGUUGGAGCAUUAUAAUAGAGGAAGUGUAGUGGCUUUAGGAUUAAUUAUAAAUUCUUAAGGAGGAUGUCCAUACUAAGUUGAAGUGUUGAAAAAGAGAAUCAAAAAUUAUCUAAAUGAUUUGCCACUUUAUACAUUUGCAACUGAACAUAGUUUAGGAAAUGCAUAUCAAUUAUUAUAAUUGGGAAAUAAAUCAUAUGCUUAAAAUACAUCUAAGAUUGGUUUUACACAUAUGUACCAAAACAAAUUAAAUUUUGCUGAUUUCCUCAAAAAUUAUGGGAUAAAUGUAAUGUUAUAAUAUAUAUUAUUAGACUUUGUAAUAUUAAUCAAGUUAAAUAGUUAAUCAUAAUUUUGUUGUAAAUUCAUCGAUAAAAAGCAAUAAUUAAUAAGAAAUAAAUUAUUUACAUCAAUAUUAUGGAUUGAAAUCUAAAUAACUAACAGAGGAAUGUUGGACAAGUAGAAGGGAAAAAAUAAAAAUAAAUAAGGAAUAAUUAGAAAAUAAUGUAUUUUUAGGAGUAGAAGCAAAAGAACUAGGAUUGGUAGAUGAAUUAGGCAGUUAUGAAAAAGUUUUGAUGUAAUAGUAUCCAAAAGCAAAGAUAAUUCCAAUAAAUACUGAAGGCAAAUUAAGAGAGUAUGAGAAUUGGUUUAAUUUGUUCAUUAAGAUAUCAUAAUCAAGUAUAGAUUGAUAAUUUAUUUAUAAAGGAGGUUUUUUGGGAUUGGUAUUAUUGUUUGGAGUUAAAGUUAUGGUGAAAUGGGGAUUGAUCAUUUAUGUAUGGAGAUAAUCAGUCAAAUAAAGGAAAUUAUAAAAGUAAUAAGAAUUAUAAUAAUGA